AUUAAGACGUUUAGAUCUGAUUAUACAUAUUUCUUUCAUCAUAACGGUUUUCUUAUCGACUUGGCAUUUUACCUACAUUAGUAUAUUAAAUCCUUGACUCGUCUACACGCAAGUAUGUACAUAUUUCCCUAAUGUCGUAAUCGCUUUUCCUCCACGACUACGCAUGCGCAUUUCCCGCCCAUGCGCGCUCACUGUCAGCUGUCAAAGCCAGCCCGCUGCGUGUCCUUUGACGUCACUGGGGAAAACUCGGGAAAAUUGUGCACACGUCGAUACCAAGGAAUCAUGUAACUCAGGUCUCAAGCAAGCGUCACCGUCACCAUGUUUGAAGGCGCAGUGGCAGGGAUCCUCAACAGGCUGCUCGGGAAGUACGUCCAGGACUUGGACACGGAGAACCUUAACGUGGGGAUCUUCUCCGGGAACGUCAACCUUGCUGACCUUAAGCUAAAGCCUGAAGCUCUGUACGAGCUAGACCUACCCAUCGAUGUGAAAAUUGGAACUAUUGGUAAAAUCAAUUUGCAAAUUCCUUGGUCGGGUCUUUACACACAGCCAGUGAUCGUACACAUUGAGGAUGUCCUCAUACUGGUCGGACCAGCUAUCUCCAACAGCAACUUUGAUCCAGAGAGGGAAAGAAGGUUAACCAGAGCGGCCAAGAGGAAAAUCCUCCAGGAUUUAGAGGCCGAGAGUGAAGUUCUGAAGGGACCACAAAAUUUCUUUGGGAACUUAUUCACGGCCAUUGUGAACAAUCUCCAGAUCUACGUGAGGAAUGUUCACGUGAGAUACGAAGACUCCAUCAGUUCUAAGGACGGGCCGCUUGCUUGUGGCUUAUGUUUGCAGAGUUUGUCUAUAGAGACUACUAAUAGCAAAUGGAAAGCGUCAGUGACCCCUGCAAACGCCUCAACAGUGUAUCAGAUGAUGCGCGUCGAGUCUCUGUCUCUGUACUGGAACCCCACCGCCACAGCACUGGACGAUGUGGAGAUAGCUAACAUUACACCUAUGCAAUAUUACAAUUGGAAGCACUAUAUGCUGACUGGCUUGGACAAGUUCUCUAUGCACCACGAAGAUUUCGAAUUCUUGCUGAAGCCUGUUACAUGCAAAGUGAAGGUGAUAAUUAAUCGGUCGGGCGAGGCGCGAGUGCCGCGGCUACUGCUGGACGCUGUGCUGCAAGACAGUGCGCUGCAGCUGUCGCGGAGACAGUACCUCUCCAUUGACAACCUACUCACUUCCUUUCAGAGGAUUACUCUCAAUAGAAAGUAUCGGCAUCUUCAUCCAGGAGUUCCACUUUCGAAAGACGUGAAGAAGUGGUGGCUCUACGCGUACAACGUGGUGAUAGAGCAACGCGUGCGCCCUUACAACUGGGCGGCUAUACAGAAGCAUCGGGAGAACUACAACAUUUACAAGAAAACUUACAAAAGCACGUUGAGGAGUCCGAACGAUAUCGAACUGAAGCUGGAUCUACAAAAAUGCGAAGACAGCCUUCCUAUUAUAUCUGUCGUUAUAGCGAGGGAGCAGGCGAAAUUCGAACUCCUUGCACAAGAGCCAGAGAGAAUAGAUGUAGCGGAAACGGAAUUCGACUGGUGGAAGCCAACUUCUGAUUCAGAACACGAUUCCGACAAUGAGUCAAAGUCUCGCGUAGAGCUCUGUGUGAAGAGCGAGAGAUGCAAGAGUCUAUGGAGUCAUCUAUCAAGUCCUGAGAAGAAAAAAGUUUGCGAACUCAUUGGGUAUGCUGAAGGUGCACCUAGACAGGACAAAUCGAAACAAUAUAUUGAGCACAAACUCAAUUUGACUUUAGCAAACUGCACGUUAACUAUGAUGAACAGGAGUAAAGAAGUGUUGGUGAUAAGCCUAACACAGUUUCUUGCGUCGAUUGAAACGAGACCAUCAGCAAAAGCUUACAAGGUGUCAGCACGAACAGAAAAUAUAGUGGUCGAAGGCAUGUCAUCAGAUGGGGAGUUAGUACCUUUACUAAUAGCUGCUCAAGGUUCAACAGUCGGCAGCAACACUGUAUUGGCGUUAGAUGUUGAGAAGAACCCGGCAAACAGUCAUGCUGAUUUGGGCGUUACGUGCCAUGUCGAACCUGUUGAAAUGGUUUACGUGGAGCAUGCGUUCACAGAACUAAUAAACUUUUUCCAAACUCAUUCAAUGACGGCAGAGGAGCUAGCAGAAGAAGUCUCAAUAGCAGCCGACCAUAUCACUGCCAUGAGCAAGUCGGUGUUGGCCCACGCGAUCAGCCGUCGAAAGAUAUUCCAUUUGAAUGUAGAUCUGAAAGGACCUGCCAUCAUUCUGCCCGAACACGGUUGUGUUCACAAGCCCGGUCGUGUGAUGAUACUGGAUAUUAAUAGAAUAGUAAUUAAAUCCGAUCUGCAACCUUCCAACCUUACCCUCGAAGAUGCUACUUGUAUGGAGUUGGAAGAAAGACUCUACGACAGAUUCCACGCUGAAUGUUCCAUACAAGUACUCUUCUGUGAGUGGAGUGACACAUGGCGGGAAGCAAGAAAGCACGGAGACUCGGAGAUGCACUUAGUUCCGCGAUUGAAGACUCAGCUCGUAUUCUCUACAAGCAUUAAGAAAGAUUAUAAACUGCUUCCCAGGUACAAGCUCAACAUUUCACUAUCAAGUCUAAAAUUUAAUCUCUCGGAUCGCAUUAUUGGCUAUCUUCUCGACUUUUUCGACAACCUGCCUGUUCCGACGCCCAAUACAGUUCCCGUGUCUUUCAUGGAUUCUGGAGAUUACGUCGAGGAGAUGGUGGACCCCGAACUGCUGGAAGCCUUCGAGUUAGACAAGGUGACAGCAGAUCCAGGGUACAAGGAGUUGGUGAAAUUGAGACAGAAGAUUGUGUCGGCGUACUUCAGUAGACACAGAGCCGCAGUAACCAUGAUGGAUGGUGAGAGUACAAAAUCACCAGCUGAAGAAUCAUUGCCUGCCGCAGACUUCAGCGAUGAGGAUGUUGAGGAAUAUGCACGAUCUGUGGACCUUCCUGGCUUUGAUGACAACGUUUCGCCCAGUAACACUAUUGGGACCCUUAUGAGAUUUAUUAUUGGUGAAAUAGUGAUAAAUUUGAGCCGAUCAUGCGAACAAAUAGAUAAGCCUUAUGUAAUGAUGAGCGUCAGCAAGGUGUGCUUGGACGUAGCGCUGAUGCAGUUCGGGCCCGCCAUCCAGUUGUCCAUUGGGCAAGCGCUGCUGACUGAUAAACAGCAUCACAGCAGCACUGGACAGUAUUUAGAACUUCUUACAAGUUCAGGAGAACUGUUCAAUUUACUGUACAGAAAGGUACGAGCGAAUUGUCCUGAAUUCCGUUCCCACUUCCACAACGUGGAGCAAGCCCUCGUGGCUGACGUUGGGCCGCUGGCGUUGCUGGUCCACGCAACUGCACUCACCACGCUCUUCAAGUAUCUCUAUUAUAUCAAACGCAAAAUCCAGAAACGUCACUCUCUCAACAUUAACAACAUAGUUCUUCCAAAGACUCGAACUCUUUGGGAGUAUUUGAUGAGACCUGAAGCAGACCCCCCUGUUCCCCCUGGCGCUACCAAGUUCAGCUACUCUGUCAGGUUGUCCUCAGUGACAGCUCGUCUCUGCCAGGUCGAAAACCCGUUUGUGGAAGUGCGAGUGACGUCACUGGAGAGCGACUGUGUAUUCCGAGCCAACGACCGCCUCAUCUUCAAGCUGUUCCUCGGAUCGCUGCAUGUUGACGAUCUCGCUGAAGCCACUUUGUAUCCCAAGUUGGUGUGGCCAGAUGAAGACAAAGUGAUAGAGAUAAAGUACGUUCGCUCGGCGACCGGCGCUCGCACGCGCUCGGACGCGGAACUGCGCAUCUGUGUGGGCAGACUACAUGUCGUGCUCUUCUGUUCUCUUCUCUAUCAUCUGCAGCAAUUUCUAGAGCCACUAGUGCCGAGUGCUGCGGCCACGGAGGCGGCGGCGGCAGCAGAGCGCGCGGCGCAGGAGCGAGCUGCCUCUAUUAGAACCGCGCCUUUGAAAGUUAAUCUUGCUAUCGAGGUCCAUGCUCCAGUUUUCUUGUUGCCUCAAAAACCGUCGUCACCAAACUUAUUAGUUUUAAACAUGGGGGAUUUGUUGAUUGAAAACUUUUUCAAGACUGUCAACGCCAGCAUAGAGGCGACCGCGCCGGUGCUCAGCCCAGUGAUCGACAAUGUGCUGAUCAAGCACGUCAACAUUACGCUCUCACGCGCUGUGAUGACCUUGGCUGGCACCCUGGAAGUUCAGGAGCCAAUCUUGGAGCCGAUUUCGGUGAAUUGCGACUUAAAAAGAGCCGUUAGUUACACACAAGUAGCAAACACGAGCGCUUACCGAGACUUGCUGCUCUGUGAGGCGGACAUAGUGAUGGACACCGUGUCCUUGAACCUUGGCCAGAAGGACUUGGCCACGGUUCUGGCAGUGUGGAGUGAUAACCUUAGUGAAGGGCAUUACAUUAGUAACAUCACCCCCGGAUCACCAGUAGAAAUUGCACCAUCUGAGGCAACAGUAAAGAAACUGCAAGCAUUUUUUGCUCAAGGGGAACCUGUAAAAAAAGAAUCUGUUCUUAGGUUCUCUCUAGAAGGAGUUGAAUUGAAACUAUUCUCAGACAUGGAUGAAGUGUUGAGCUCACCGGUGCGAGACUUGAACCACGGGCUCGCCAAAGUGACGGCAGGCGAAGCUAACGUUCACUUCGACUAUUACUCCGAUAGCAGUAUUGAAGUGAAGGCAAGCUUGCAGAGUCUUCUGAUUGAGGACAUACGACCUGACACUACUAUUGUCAUUAGAAGAAUUUUCGAAUCACAAGGCGGAGGCAGCCGUGCAGCUGGUGGCUUCUCUGUAGUCCGACCAGCUCUUCUAGAAGCUUCUCUACGUCGGUCCGCACGCGCUGUGACUCUUGAUGUGAGAGUGGAAAGGACAAGACUUAACCUGUCUUUACCUUUUUUACUGCGUCUUGCUAAAAGUUUGCUAGAUGCAAUGCCAGGGGAGAAGACAUUAGAAGGUGGUGUGAUAAAUCAUGGAUAUGUGGGCGAUGGACCAUCACGCUCCAAUAAUAACAGAGCCGCACGUUUCCCUAGCUCCAGUGACUCGACCAGUGGCUACUAUUCUACAGCAACCUCAGUAUCAGAAGACAUGCCAAGCUUCUCAAUAUCGGUGCAAUGUCGACAGCCAGAAGUCAUGUUCUUCACUGAUUUGAUGAAAACUGAAGGUCACGCGUUACUGCUUCGUACAGAACUUCUCAUUGACUACUCCAGUCAUUCGAACACAGAAAACCUCGUAAUAUCUUUAGCUGGGCUUCAAGUAAUGUCUAAAUUACAGUCGAAAUUGAAAAAUCUUCCCCCUCAAUUAGUUCUGAAGCCAUGUGACUUAGAGUUUUCUAAAAGUUUCAAGAAUUUAGAAGAAGGUAUUAUGGUUCGUCUGUCAGUUUCGGAGAUCGAUGUCCAUAUCGCUGCUACUACUGUACACACUGUGAUGGAUAUCGUAGAAGAAAUUACAACUGAGUUGACAAUUCCCGACGAGAAAGACUUGUUCAAUUUUGCAACUUAUAACCCUCGACCUGAGAAACAAGACGAAGAUCUUUGGUUGCCUAAGAAAUUGUCUCCGUAUAUGGGCUUCCAUGCUGAGGAUAGCUAUAUUCAGCCGAAAUAUCCUAUUACUAAACCAACUGAGACAUUUGUGGUGACUGUACCAGUUGUUCGCAUAACCUUCGAAAUAGAACAUACUGUUAGAAUACCAGUGUUAAUACUUAAGCUAUCAACUGAAAUAUCUCUACACGACUGGUCCCGGCAACUUCACGGAGGUGGGUCCCUCAGUGUGCAGGCAAGAGCCUACAAUGAACGAUUAGACGCGUGGGAACCGUUGCUGGAACCAGUAUUACAGGACAACAUGCAACGACCUUGGGAAAUCACUGCUACUCUGUUUCAGGCAAAAGCAUAUCCAAUGUCAUCACAAUUAGAUACUAAAAACCACAAUUCAGAACAGAAUACAAUGUGUGAUACUGUCCCAUCAGAACCAACACGGAAAACUAAAAAGAAAAACGAAUUCGAAUCUGAAACAUCAGCUGAUGAAGCAGAUACUGACAACGAAAUGGUUUUCAUAAAGAACCCCAACAGUAAAGAUAAUAAGGGUUAUAAAGUUGACUUCAAUGCAUGUAGUAUGUCGUUUCUAAAGGGACUAGAUGUUGAGGACUCUGACUCAGAUAAUGAAAAUGGAAAGGACAAAUUAUCUAAUGCACUAGGACAUUUAUUUACCGAUAGCGACUCAAGUAUCGAUGAUCUGAGUAACGAUGAAGACUCUUCAGCACCAGAGCAAAGUGAGGCAGAAGCGAGUGACCGAGAAGAAGAAAAUGAAGAUGAGGAUGAUGAGAAAGCUAUAACAUAUGUCGAUGGCGAAGAAAAAAAGAAAGUUGAUAGUAAAACUGUUACUGUGCAGGAACCAGUUAGAGAAGACAGUGUUGAUUCCUCGAUUGAAGAAACACGACUAUGCACCUAUAUAGCGCUUGAAGCUCGUUCACCGUUAAACAUCACAUUAGCUCCAGCCGCAGUACGAGCGUUGCAAGCGCUUUCAAAUGCAAUAUUAGAUCGAACUGCCGCAGUUACUGCUUUAGUUGCUGCUGAAAGUGAAUUGCAAUUGAUUAAUGAUAUAGGUCCAGGAUCGACGGUUCAUCUGCGGACUCGUGCUGAAACUGAUCUGGCAGGCAAUGAUCGUGUUUUAGCCGUUGCUGAUUAUGAUCAUUCCAGCCGACCAAGUACACCUGGUUGCGAUACUUCAGGAGCUGAUCUUCUAGAUGACAUUGAAAAGGAAUCUAAACAUGAGAUGACUGAUAUUAGUGACGAAUGGGAUUGUUUCGAGGGCGGAUUCCCUGCGAGCGCCGCCCCCACAGGAGCGGAGAGAGAGUCUCCAGGAGCUCCCCCCGCUGCUACUGAAUUGCUAAGACGAUUGACGGAUCAGACUUUGUCCAUCCGACUGCAUGAUUUCGAUCAACUUAACAUCCUGUGUCCUCAAAGAUCAGUGUCCAAGCUACACGUCUUGCAUCCGAGUAAGAAUGGGACGCGCUACUACCUCGUGGUGGAGAGGACCUCCAAAUAUAACAACAAGAAAAUUACCGUCAGGUCCCCUUUACAGGUCCGCAACGAAACAUCCUACGCCCUAGAGCUGCUGUAUCGCCAGUCGGAUCUGGAAGCAGCCGGAGAAGAGCCCGUGGGUGCUGUGCGGAACCCGUUCUGUGGACUGCUGCGGCUGGCUGUGCUGGCCCCGCACGACACCUACAAUGUUCCGCUUUACGUCGCCUACCAUUGCAAGCUUUACUUACUUCCUACUAACUUUGAAAGCUAUCAAACAGCGACUGAGGGUAUCUGGUGGAUGGAGCUCGUCAAUGAGGUUGGCAGCGCUCGCGACGUCGUGUGCCCCGCCGUGGCUGACGAUGACCCCAGAGUCUUCGCCAUGAGAGUAGUUCCCGUAGAAGGUUGCCAAUCCCUGAAAGUGUCCCGUUCUAUACCAAACCUACUUCUACGGAUCUUGCCUCCGCUGGGGGUCCACAACCGUCUCCCGCACGCGCUCCAGCUGUCCGGGGGUCACGUCAAAGUGAGAGUGGAGGCAGGGGAGAGGGCGCACGUGUACAUCCUGCGGCCGAAUCAAUCGCACAAACUCACUCUAGAGAUAUACUACCUGGGAUUGCCGUGGACGGGAACGUUUACUUACUCUCCAGAUAUGACAGAAAAGACGAUAAGCAUGUCGACGGAGUGCGAGACGGAAGGCGGCAACAAGCGGCUGGUGGUGCGCGCGCGGCUGCAGCGCGGGCCCAGCCUGAAGCUGCUGCUGUACGCGCCCUGCUGGCUCAUCAACAAGACGGGCCUGCCGCUGCAGAUUAAAGGCCGGUCGGAUACCUGCUACGAGCUGACAGACGAGCCCCUGCUGUGGUGCGAGCGGGGCGCGGGCGCGGGCGCGGGCGGCGGCGAGCGAGUUAGGGUGCGCGCACACCAGUCGGGCUGGUCGCGCGCCGCACGCCUGCACGCGCACGCGCCGGGCUUGCUAGUGUGCGCGCACACUGAGCGCCGACUCAACUAUCGGAUGCUGUUGCAUGUGACUCUGUCCGAGCUGUGCCCACAACUGACCAAAAUAGUGACCCUACUGCCGUACUUCAUCAUCUACAACGACACGAAGAACCACCUGCGGUUCAUGGAGGAGAACGAGGCAGCAGACCUGUGGAUAGACCUGGCGCCGCAGCAGUGCACGCCCUUCUGGCCGCAGACCGACUCUAUGGCCAUGCACUGCAAGUACCGCGACUCGACUGUCGUGUCGCAGCACUUCAGCAUCACUAGGAACCAUUUCACUGUGUUGAGGAUGGAUAAAGGGUCAGCGAUCUGCGUGGACGUCACCGGAGGCACGGACCGCCCCUUCACCAUCACCUUCAAGCCGUACGCGCCCGGGGACGCGCCCCUUCGCAUCGACAACCUGUGCGACGACCUCUUCCUCAAGUUACAUCAGUCAGAUUCGGGUCAAGUGGCGCUGCUCAGUCCCUACCAGUCCAUGCUAUACACGUGGGAUGAUCCUGUGAAGGAGAGGAAAUUACUGUGGAACCUUUACAAUAACAAGGGCAAAGGAUUCCUUGCUGACUUUUCACAAGAUGGAUUUGGUGAAGAAAAAGUUAGUUUCCAUUCCGUAAAGCAUUCAACUCUAAUAGCGACCAACAGCGUAACCUCAAAACUUUCCUCCACCCUCAAGCGUCUCACUCCGAAGUCUCCCGAGCCGACUACGUCGAGCAGUGACGAAUCAGAUAGUGCGGAAUUGCCGGAAACUCCCCUCAAAAGUAAAAAGAUGAGAAAAGACAAAGUCAUAGUAUACUGGAUAUCGUUUAUGGAUGGGUACCAAAGAGUGUUUGCGUUAGCUCAAGAUGAACGAAUAGCCUAUCAAUACAAAAUGAGAAUAAACUCUGAACGAAGCAAUUAUGAAAUCUACAUGUCUCUCGCUAGUGUUGGAUUAUCAGUUUGCGUGCAAACUGGAAAUGGAGUCAAAGAAUUGUCAUACAUAAGUGUAACUGAUUCUCUCCCAAAAUGGGAGGUCAAUGUUGGUAAUAAAUGGAAACAAUUAGCUACAGACGUGACAGCGUGGAUAGAAGACAAAUACCAGACGGAUCAGAAGAAGUGUCAGUUGAAAGAGUACUUGCAUAUAGACUUGGAAAAAAUGCAAAUGACGAAACCAUUUUUCUCGGAACUGCGAAGGUCGUAUAAUCCAGGCGUGUGGUUACAGUUCCGAAAAUCCGACACCUUUACGUACUGCCAUUUGAAAUUACAGAGAAUGCAAAUAGACAAUCAAUUACACGAAGCUGUGUUCCCGAGUGUUCUCUACCCAGCUCCCUUGCCACCUCAUUUGAAGUCUAGAGAUCCUAAACCUUGUAUUGAAAUAGUUUUAUUAAAACAGUAUAGACCUAAUUUAAACCAAGACGUUUAUAAAUACCUCAAGGUUUUGAUACAAGAGUAUUGUGUGAAUUUAGAUAGAGGUUUUGUAAAUCACGUUUUUGAUAUAUUGAAUCAUUGGAAGGUUGAAGAGAAACCCGCGGUUAGGUUGCGAGCGGAUUUGGCUUUAGUCCACAUGCCCUUACCAGUAAUAGCGAUGAGAAACCAAACCUGCGCACAAAGAGAUGUUGUUUUUGAGUUCGUUCACCUAUCUCCAAUCAAGCUCCUACUGAGUUUGUCAUCACGAGGGUACUCUAACGAGAACAUUGAUAGCCCGACUAAGAUGCGGUAUGAAAAUGUGAAAGAGAAUCGACCGAAGCUUUUUAACAGUGAUCUGUUGGAGUAUUUGUUCAAUUCGUGGGGAUCUUCGCUUUGCGAUAUGAAAGAUGUUGUUAUCAGAAUGAGCUACCUAGAGCUCAGAAAUGCCCCUAUAACCAUGUCGAGUCUACUAGAUGUGGCAAGUCGGCAUUAUCGACUGCAGUUGGUGCAACAGUUUUACGUGUUCGUCCUCGGGCUGAACAUUCUCGGCAACCCGUACAGCUACAUCGGGGAUUUCUCUAAAGAGCUGAAGGAUUAUUAUGAGCCGUGUUCGGCAACGGCAUGUUCGCGCCGAGUCUCGGAUGCAGCCUUAGCACUAUUCAACGGCGCAGCCAAGCUGUUGGGGUGCACGAGCGAUUACACCGCACCCAAUGUGUUUGAAGAUGCGCCUAAACUACGUCCGCCCAAGCGACGAUCUGGUGAUGAAGGAAAAAUCGUGGACGAUUUACCGGAAGCAAUCAUAGAUGCUAAUAGAAACAACCCGGCGAGUGUGUCUCUAGCAGUCACCGGUCUUAUAGCUAGGCCUACUUUUGAUGAAGACUUUGUUGUCGUGAAAUAUGUGUGUCGCGAGGCGGCGCGCGCGGCGCUGUGCCGGCAGGUGGGCGUGGACGGCGCCGAGGCCGCGCUGCGGGCCUGCGUGCAGCGCUCCGGCGGCCGCCUGGUGGCGCGGCGGCGGCUGCCCCGGCACUGCUCGGCUGUGGAGGGCCUGCGGCCGUACAGCGCGGCGGCGGCGCGCGGCGCGGCGCUGCUGGGCCAGCUGGCGCGCGGCCACUACGCCGACGGGGACGGCUACGUGGCGCACGCGCACCUCGCCCGCGCCUCGCUCGCCACGCUGCUGGUGUCCACGCAACACAUAUUCCUGGUGCGGGCGGGCGGCACCAAGGGCUGGCACAUCGAGUGGGCGGUGAAGCUGGAUGACUUGCUCGGAGAGCCGGUGGCCAGGGACGGAAAACUCGUGUUGAGUAUAAAACAGGAUGAAAUGGUGAGCUACUUCUCGACGGACGAGAAGGUGAUAGAAGUGCCCGAGCCAGAAGUGCUGACGUGGCUGCAGGGCAAGAUACAGUGCGCGCUCAUCCACGCCAUGGAGGACAAGCGAUGUGUCGACAAGUAGAGUAAAUGAGGGUAUCGAAGUAUUUUGGUGGUGGAAAUACUGGCAAGUUAUAUUAAUUAAGAUCUUUAUUUCCUUCUGAGCUGAUUACGCACUUGAACAGGUAAUUAAUUUAGAGCCUCAAUAGCUCAACGGUAAUGCGGUCGGACUCUAAACCGAGGGUUGCUGGAUCGAUCUCCGACCCGUUGGUCUAUUGUCGUACCCACUCCUAAUACAGCCUUUCCCGACUUUCCCUCUUGUUGGAGAGGAAUGGGAAUAUUGGUCAUAUUUAAAAAAAAUGCCAAAUAUUCUUUUUUUUUAAUUAACAGACCAAGUGGUCAUCUAACCAAAACAUACUUUCCACAUGUUAUACGUCCACGAGUAGGGUUGUCCCCAUAUAUGUCCUAUUUUGAAGGCCGGGGACCAUCCAAGCGGAGUUUAAUCUUUUCACCUCCCCUCCAUUUUGAUCAUCGUCUUUUUUAAUUGAUUUUUAUAAGUUAUAAUGUUAAUUAAUUUAUGUGAAUAGGUAAAUAAGUAUUUUCGUUUCCGAUGUGUUCAUGGCUUAAAUUCGUUACCUAUAUCUACCUACUGCACAUCUCUUUUACUUUACAUUUUAUAUUAUAAAAAUAGUCAUUGCACUAAAAAAAAUAUACGCCAGUAUUUUCAUCACUAUAUUUAUAUAUCUAUAUCAGUAAUUCAGUAUUAAAAGAUAUCCCGAAAACAAAGCACAAGAAAAUUAUAGAUUGUUUAACAUUUGCGCGCAUUUUGGUGAACGGGCAUCACGCUGAAACUACUGAAACAAUUCAAAUGAAACUUGGAACGAGUUUGAGACUACUAAAAAGUUGAAGGUUUUUGUCGCGAAAAUAAAAUCAGAAGGGGGUGAAACAGGGGUUGAAAGUUCGUAUUAAAGUCAUUAAUUUUUGUACUACCAAAAAAAAAAUAUUGUGAUUCAAGAUUUUUCAAAAUUCUAUUCCUAAAGUUUUUUAAAAAUAUAAAAAUGAUCAUAUUUUGAGUUUUAUUAUUAUUAGUGGACUACUUGUUAUAUGAAGGUGAAGGGUUUCCUCACACCGAGUUUGACGCGGACGAAGUCGCGGGCGUCCGCUAGUUCAAGUGAGCUUAAAUGCCUCGUUGAUGCAGUGGUUAGGCUGUGGCUUCGGAUCACGAGGUCCUGGGUUCGAGUCCCAAGUCGAGCUCUGAAGUACUGAGCUUUUCUUUAUUCAAAGAAAUUUUCAGUAAAAUAUUCUCAGCCCGGAGUUAUUGUUCACCGUGUAACAUUCAAAGCGCGAUGUUUCGUUUAUUUUGUUGAAUUAAUCAUAAAGAUGCAAUCAGUGGCGUAAACAACAAUUGUAAUAAUACCGCGUAUAUACGCACGUAGGUAAUGUUCUUUAUGCAACCGGCACAUAUAAACAUAGGUAAUCCGUGCAUAAAUAUAAUACCUUGAGUCAUAUUAAUGCGAUUUCUAUUUAGGGGGUCGGUAGAAUUGUCGUAUCUGCGAAGUAUUAUUUUAGUAAUGUAGUUACGCCACUUGAUUCAAUUGUUACAAUUACUUUAAUUUGUGAAAUAAAUAUAUGUAAUUGAUGAACUUGAGACAGAUCUACAUGUUUGUGUACUUAUUGUUGUAAUUAAAAGUUAAUUCGUGUCUAUGAAUACAUAUAAUUAUUAUCUAUAAUACAUAUCCAAGUAGCAGAAAUUCGCAAUUUCAGUUUCCAGAUUUAGAACCAACUACGUAUUUAGACAACUAUCAAAAGAACCUUCUGUAACUGAAACCUUCUGUAGGUACUUAUAAAUUAGAAUACACUAAUUACUAAAAUUAAUACCUACUAGUAGGUACUUAGAACCUACGAUUCUUAAUUCUCUGCGUCUGUGAAGUCUGCCAAUCCGCAUUGGACCAGCAAUUGGUGGACUAUUGACCCAACCUCUCUCAUUCUGAGAGGAGACUCGAACUCAGCAGUGAGCCGACUAUCGGUUGAUAAUGAUGUUAGGAGAGAACGCGAAAAUCUGCUACGUGGGUAUUAUUAAUUGAUAUUAGAUAUAAGUCGUGUCACGGGAAAAGAUCGCUGACGGUUCUUCUAAUUACUGUUUAACAUGCGACUUAGUCGCAUUUAUUUUUCAUUUGCGCAAUUUGAAAUUCAGUUCAUUUUUCCGCGUGACACCAACUAGGUAUAUAAUACUAUAUUGUGUUCUUUUUCACAGAAGGGCAGGCAGGCAUAUGAAAUACAAACAAAAAAAAUAUCAUUUAUAACGUUGAAAAUGGUGUACGUUCUGUCCCACUGUGGAAAAAAACACUAAUUAUAUGUGUGAAUUUGUGGGUAUUCCUAUUUUUUCUAGUCAUUCCAUUUAAGUUAAAAUGUCGCUAUGUCACAUUGUGUUCUCUUGUUAUUUUAAUGUGUUUUACAAAUUUUUACCUCUUAAUUUUAUCAUUCCAACACACAGUGGUAGAUUUUGGUUUUUAGCUUAUGUUCUAUAAUCCAACUUCAUAACAUAAUUGUUUAAUGUGUGAUAAUAAUAGUCAAAAUUGCAAAAGGCGAUUCGCUUACUCUUACCGGUCCCUAGUAAAAAAUCAUGAAGAUGAAAUUUCUUAAAAAUGUACCUAAGUUACAUUGAAAUUUAAAUUUAUUCCGAUUUUUCUAGACGAUUAGUUUAGUAAAUGUAAAACAAAAUUCUAUUUACAUUAUGAAUGUUAUUACCAUCGCCUAGCUAUAGUAAUUACUUUAAUUUAUAAAAUAUAUACCUACUACUACUAGCGGUAACAAGCCCCUUCUAACGCUUAUUCGACUGUUAACAGUCUCUAAGGUAAAUUGACAGAUGUGCAAUACAAUUUUGAAAAUGUUCCAAUGGUGCGCAACCGAGUUAGCAGUAAUAUAAUAUACACGUACCUACAUUUUAUUUACUAAAUAAUAUGUACUAGAAAUACGCAUUUUAUAAAUUUAUUUGGCCUACAUCUCAUAAUAUUCUAUUUUAUAUGUAAUUCGCAUGUUACCUAUUAUAUAAAAUACUUUUCCAUUUUUAUAAAUGCGACAAAAUUUGCAAAAAUUUAAAAAAAAAUACAUUAUACAUUUAGUCUGUUACUUGUAAGAUAAUCACACACCUAUUGGAUUUUCAACGUACAAAAAUUUGUUCUCAGUUAGAUUAUAAAACAACAUUCUUAAUUUUCGUCCACAUUUGUAACACCUCAACGGACUUUGUAACGUCGGCCACGUUUUGUCGAUCAAAUGACGACUCGCAAAUUGAGGAGUUACGCGCAGAAGUGUAUUUACACACUAAACUACUGCGCAUAUGGCAUACGGCAUUCCCCUUUUAAACCGGCCCCAUACAUAGGUGCCCCAUUGAUGACUUUGUCAGCUAACGGCCUCGGCUUUUUUUUAGAGCUGGGAGGCCCUUUGCCUGACCCACCACCGUAUAGUUACGCCAUUGCAUAAAUGUGGACACACUGUUAUCAAAUUGGUUAUUGUUAUUGAUGUCAACUUACAUCAAUGGUUAUAGGUGAUUUACACUAAAUUCACAUAUUAAAUUUCUACAUAAAAAAAUAACCAACACUGCUUUUAAUCCUGUUAGUUUGGUUUCCUUUUACACACAACAAAAACAGUAAACACAACGCGAAUGAUCACAGUUAGGCAGCGCUUUAGAUUGUAGUCACAUAGAGCAUAUUUUCAUAACUUCACGAGUAUAUUUUUGUUACCAAACACCAGUGGCGUAACUACAGAAAAACAGGGCUGCCAAAUGUCACAGGCCCUCGGUCCGAGAGUUUGUGGAUCUAAUAUCAAAAAAUGCAAUGUAACGAUUUUUCUGAGGCCCAUCCAAUGAAUGUCACAGGCCACAGAAAGUAGUUACGCCACUACCAACCACAUUACUUGUGGUUGCUAUUUAAAAAGUACCUCGAGUUUCCCAACUCAUAAAAUGAUCGUAGUUUGGUAUUUACACCACACUAGUCGUAUAAUUAAGACCAUUUGCUAGCGAGCGAACUUAAUAAUUUGGGUCGUAACUAACAUGCUUAUAUGCUACCUAGGUACCUACUAAGGUAUACUUAUUAAAAUCGUUUCAUGCAGGAAGCAGGAUCAUAUCAUGCCAAGCAAAGCCUAUUAUUCAUAUACUUAACAGUCAGAACUAUACACAAAAAUAUGCCAGCGAAUCUGUAUCAAGGAAUUUAUAGUAAUAUAUGAUAUUUUAUAAAUUAUUUGCAUUUCAAUGAUGUCGCUAAAAUUACUAUGAAUCAUAUAAAUAUUAUUAUUGAAUAUUAAUAAAUGUUAUUGUAUUAUAUUAUAUUGUUUGAAACAGUGCAAUUAUAAUGUUUCAUUCUCGUA